AUGUUCAUGUUCAUGUUCAUGUGCUGCACUUACAAUCACAGAGACCAGGAGGCGCUAGCACUGGGCUUUAGCACUGAUACAACAAAGUGCUGAAAGUAUCCAUGUGAAGAAUAACAGCUCUGGAAAAAGAGAAUUCGAGCUGUGUUUUUAUGAGAUGGAUGGUGAUAAGAUUGAAGCCAAAGGUAAGGUAGGCGAUCUGGUGAUGCAGAACCCACAAGCACUGGCAGCUCUUCAGGACAGACUAGACAACUUAACACAAAGUCCUUCAGUUAUGGACAGCUUACCACUGUCCGUCAGGAGAAGAGUCAACGCCUUAAAGAAUCUGCAAGUCAAGAGUGCACACAUAGAAGCCAAAUUUUAUGAGGAGGUACAUGAGCUGGAAAGAAAGUACGCUGCUCUAUAUCAACCACUGUUUGACAAGAGGAAAAGCAUUGUAACUGGUGCAGUGGAACCUACAGAUGAGGAAUGUGAAUGGCAGAGUGAUCAUGAGGAUGAAGAGCUGGCAGAUGAGCUACAGAAGAAAGCCUCCAUAGAAGAGAAGAAAGCGGAAGAGGAGGGCUCUGCCGAGGAAAAUCCCAAAGGAAUUCCCGAAUUCUGGCUCACUAUAUUCCGCAGUGUGGACAUGCUGAGUGAUAUGCUACAGGAAGCCGAUGAGCCAAUCCUUAAACAUCUACAAGAUAUUAAAGUGAUAUUUUCUGGACCCAAUGAACCUAUGAGUUUUACUUUAGAGUUUCACUUUGAACCUAACAGCUACUUUAAAAACACGGUCCUCACAAAAGUCUACAAGAUGAAGUCGGAACCUGACGCCGAAGAUCCUUUCUCCUUUGAAGGCCCGGAGAUCAUCGACUGUGAGGGAUGUGAGAUUGAAUGGUACAAAGGGAAAGAUGUUACCGUCAAAACGAUUAAGAAAAAACAGAAGCACAAGGGCAGGGGUAUCGUGAGGACGGUCACUAAACAAGUGCCCACUGACUCCUUUUUUAACUUUUUCAACCCAAUUAAAGUUUCCCCAGAUAGUGAAUUGGAUGAGGACUCGGAAAUUACUCUAGCCACAGAUUUCGAAAUCGGACAUUUCUUCAGAGAGAGGAUAGUACCAAGAGCCGUGCUGUACUUCACCGGAGAGGCGCUGGAGGAUGACGAGAGCUUUGAGGAAGAAGAGCUUGAUGAAGGUGAAGAGGAGGAUCAAGAGGAUGAUAUGGAGGAAGACGAGGACGAGGGAGAUACAAAGGCAUAAGUCAUUUGUCACUUCAUGCAUUUCUAGGUAUGAUCUGAUAAACUGAGCCAAAGAAGAGAGCUGUAGUGCUGCAGAAAUUCCAUGUGUUCUGGAGAUUUGGACCGACAAACAAAAAGAGAAAAAUGAACACUGGAUGCAAUAAACACGAUAAUGAUAAUAGUUAAUUAUAUAAUUAUCUAACGAUUUGUUUAGCACUGGCUCAUGUUCUCUGUGCUCGGGUGCUUUUUGUGGUUUCUACACACACUUCUGUUCUUUUUACCUUUUUACCAUCACUGUAUUUCUGACGAGUGAAUGACUGAAAGAGAUUUACAAGGAUGUUUUCAGCCCUAUACGAUCCUCAGCUACUGUUUUUAAUUAUAACCUCUAACCAAACCAAGUAGUAAACAAAACAAAAGUAUCAAUUUCACUCUUAUUAUGACUCAUACAAACAAACAGACUAAAAUUUAUGAAAGUGCCUGCAUUCAGCUUUAAAUUAUGUUGAUGGUGUUUUUUCGUAUUUGAAUGAUUUAAAAAAAAAAAAAAAACAGAAAUAUUUGGAUAUUUCCAUUUCUGAAGCUUUCAAAUCCGUAAUAUCAAAAUCCAACUUUUAGUGAAUUUUGCACGCCAUUAUUCACUUCAUCUGCUACUAAAAAAAAAAUCACCAAACAUGUCUUAGUGAAUGAACUGCAUUUUAUUAUAAGUGGAAAACAAAACUAAAAAUGGAUUGCUUUUUCUCACUCCUCUCCAAAGAAAUCCUUUGCCAUAAACAUCUCCAUUUCCUUUUUGUCUCAAAUGAAGGCCUUGUCCUGACUCUCUUAUUCUCAGAGUUGGUUGAGAGACUUUUUUCAUUUCUCCUCAAACUGAAAAGUAAAAAAAAAACAAAAAAAACAAUGUGAUUGAGAUCUUGUUUUCUUCCUUUCAUCUUCUCAAAGAUAUUGACUGAUGCUGAAGGACACUGAAAGGUGUUCAUUAGAUUCGAAGACCAGGACAAGGCCUUUGUGUUCACGCCUCUCUGUUUUCACUAACACUGGAGCUUAAUGCUUUGGGAGCAGCUUUGAUCUUGAAAAUACUGAGUACAGAACGUGUGCAUAUUUCUGUGCUGUUUCGUCUUUCAUAACCCUCUUGGAUGAAUCAGUGAUGAUGCGUCAUGAAUAUUGGUUAUUGUAAGGUUUAUUGCGCUAUAACCUACGUGCAUCCAUAAAAUCUAAAUUGUUCCUGGAUCAAAAACUGUCUCCUUUAAACAUGAAUGAAUGAACUUUCAUACCCAGUGAGGUUCCGCAUUUCACGUUUAUGUCUGCUUCAGAGUUCACGUCGUCCUGCGCUGAUUGGUGCCGAACAAACCCAAGAUGUUAACCCCUUAGCUGAUAAAUAAAAGUAUAAACUAUCAUUUAAUAAAGAGAAGAAGCACAACACAGAUAAAGCACUAUGAUUGUUUUUGUUUUUUAAGUAACAUUAGAGCUGUUUUUUUUUUUUUUUUUUCAAAACUAACUCAGACUAGGGGCGAAAAAAAAACAGAAACAUCAUCUCAAACUAGAAUUUCCUCCCGGAAACUCAGGAGUUCAGCAGAUGACAUCAUGUCAAUAUGGCUGUUUACGCCAUCAAAAGUAAAUAAAGUACCACUUUCUUGCUUUUAAAUGAGACUAUAGUUGUAUUUAAUUUAGAGUAUUCAGCAUAAAGACACAUUAGUUGAUUAAAUCUGCCAUAAUGAUCAUAGAGUUUGUCAAAACACUAGUUUAUGAGCUUUUGGCACUCAGACAGAGCAAACAAGAGACAAGCUUUCAUGGAGGUGUCCAUGUUUUAUUAUCCUCUGUGUAGCUCAAACGCUCAAGAUCGAAAAUGACUUAAUCGUGUGCUCUGAUUUUCCGCUUUGGAGUUGACCGCAGGGGUGGAUGCAGGUUACUUGGGUUAAUGACAUUUUAGUUCAUUUUCUGCCAAAAAUAUUAAAGAAAAUUACAAGCAAGGCAUAAUUAUUUGCAUACCCAAUUAUUAAGAUGAAAAUUACUCACUUUUUCUGUGACAUAGUUUUGUAUUCCACUAUUCCUCUGCCCUCUGCUGGUGAUAUUCAGAUACUACGCACAAAAUGGGAAAAAAAAAAAAGCUGAUUUUCUCUUUGAGCUGCAGCAUUAUCUGUUACUACCCAAGAUAAUUAAGGAUAAUUAGUGUAAUUGAAUGUUUAAUCUGUGUAGCUAAGGCUUUGUCGACCUUCAGAAACCAACAGAAACCCUACUAGAGAUACUGAAUGUAAAAUUGAAAAAAAAAAAAAAAAAAACUGUAUAAUUAAAAAAAAAAAUUAUUAUUGUUAAAAAAUUUUCUCCUGACUUAUCUAUUGUUAAAAUUUGGGGAAGGAAAAAAAAAACAAAACAAGCAAAUAUGCCACACUGGUUUGUAAAAUUAAAAAAAUAAUAAUAAUUUGCAAAUCACCUGCAGCAUCCAAGUAGGAUAAA